AUGGCUCAGAAGGUUGUGUUAAAGGUUUUGACUAUGACUGAUGACAAAACCAAGCAAAAGGCUAUUGAAGCAGCUGCUGAUAUCUAUGGGGUUGAUUCAAUUGUUGCCGAUGUUAAAGAGCAGAAGUUGACAGUGGUUGGUCAAAUGGACACAGUGAAAAUAGUGAAGAAGCUGAAGAAAGUAGGUAAAGUGGAUAUAAUAUCUGUUGGACCUGCAAAAGAAGAGAAGAAAGAAGAAAAGAAAGAGGAGAAAAAGGAAGAAAAAAAGGAAGAGAAGAAGGAAGAGAAGAAAGAGGAAAAGAAGGAGGAGAAGAAGGAAGAGAAGAAGGAGGAGAAAAAAUAG